AUGCCUAAUCAUAACCAUGUUUGCUUGAUCACUAAACUAUUCGUGCAGUUGUCAUCAGAAGGGUCAGCCCAUGAUGAGAUAGAUUUUGAGUUUUUGGGUAAUUCAAGUGGCUAUCCUUACACUCUUCACACCAAUGUGUUCAGCCAAGGCAAGGGCAACCGAGAACAGCAAUUUUUCCUAUGGUUUGACCCUACAGCCGAUUUCCACACCUAUUCCAUCCUUUGGAACCCACAACGCAUCAUCUUCUUUGUUGAUAAUACACCCAUCAGAGAAUUCAAGAAUGCAGAGUCAAGAGGAGUACCAUUCCUAAAAAACCAACCGAUGAGGAUAUACUCCAGUCUCUGGAACGCUGACGAGUGGGCCACUCAAGGCGGUCGAGUCAAGACGGACUGGACUCUAUCUCCAUUCACGGCCUCAUACAGAAACUUCAGUGCCAAUGCUUGCAUUUGGUCUUCUGGAGCAUCUUCUUGCAGUUCAAGUUCUUCAUCUUCAACCUCUGGCACCAGGGCAUGGUUCAGACAAGGGCUAGAUGCAAAAAGUCGGGUGAAGUUGAGAUGGGUGCAAAAGAACUACAUGAUUUAUAACUACUGCACGGACACAAUGAGAUUUCCAGAAGGUAUAGCUCCAGAAUGCGGUAUGAAUUAGAGAAAGUGAAAUGAUAUAUGCUUUUUCUUUUUUUAGGCUAUUAUCUGUGGCCAU